AUGCCUACUCCUGCAAGAGGUGCGGUGGCAGGCCUGGACGUAGGUCUUCACGCCGCGUCUGCCGCUGCGCACAAUCCCCUCCCUACCAGCUGGUUGACAAGCUUGGAGAGACGAUGUCAACGGGCGUUCCGGACACCAGCCGGACUUAUUGAGCAUUUUCUUACUAACAGCAGUAACCGGACGACGUCAUCCAAUGUUCCCCCGUCCACCCCUACCCCGCCUCCCACGCCGACAAUCAAUACUGACCGCACUCCAGAACCCCCACUACCAUCCUCCUACUCCAUUGCCUCAACAUCCGCUACGGCGGCUCCUGUACUCAUCACCACUGCACAGAAUCCUAACACACCGAAAAACAUCAACCUCCCUACCAUCAAAGCCAGAAAUAUGGACUCUAUCCACACCUGUCCUCACUGCGAUUGCACUUUUACCUCACGCAUCGGCCUGGCCGGUAACCUGCGAAUUCAUCACACAGAGACCGGCGAGCCAGUGUCUGGAACACCAACCUACACUCGCCACACCCGCACCCACGGUCCGCACCGCCCACGCACAUUCAUGCACCUCAUGGGCCUAUUAGGCCACAUGUUUAUCCACGAGAGGGGAAUUGGUCGCAGCCCCGACUCGCCUAGCCCAUCCAGCUCACCUACCAUGACUAGCUCCGCCCACACUCCGCCACCCAGCACGCCAACAACCAUCAACCCAUCACACUCAGCACCUCUUGCACAUCCACCUUGUCUAGUCCAACACACACCCCGUCGCCCUGCGCGUCCACCAUCAGCAGCCCCACCCCUGUCACCAUCUUCGAAACCGAUACUGACACCGACAACUUCUCAUGUUCAUACUGUCCCCGUGCAUUCACUUCACGCAUCGGCCUGCUCGGUCACCUGCGAGUCCAACGCACAGAGACUGGCGAACCAGUGCCUGGAGCACCAACCUACACUGGCCGCAUCUGCUUCCACUGUCCACAUUGUACUCGCACAUUUAUUCACCGCAUAG